AUGUCUGUCCGGAAUAUCUUGUGUCUGGGACAUCUAAAAGUUGCUUCUUUGAAUACCGUCUCAUUGUUGCUUCCAAAGCUUUAUGCAGAACUCUUUGAUGGAAACUGUGCCUCUAAUGAGGAUGAUUGCUAUUCCCAUCAUAAUAGUAAGUCCAUUACUCAGCCACCACCUUUUGCUGCUUCACCUUCUGGUAACCCCAACAGAAGGGCUAAACCCUCAACUCCUAGACCUCGAGCUCCUAAUGCCUCACCUGAUCCACCUUCUAGUGCCUCACCUAAAGCUUCUAUUAUUGUUGAUGAUUUAGCACUAGAGAUGCAAAAAGCUCUACGGCAUUUGACUCAAGGGACUACAAUUCCUCAAUGCUUAAAGAAGCUAUAG